AUGAUGCAUCACCAAGCUGUGCGCAACGUCGCCCGACUUGCUCUUUGCUCCCGCCCCAGCCUCCAUCACGAAGCCAUCACGUCUUGCCUCGGGGCAGCAGGUCACACAGGCCUCCCCUCCCGCUCCCUAUCCACGACGCCCUCGUCCUCACCGUCAUUCUCCGUCCCCCAUCUCCAGGCCCCCCAUCUCCUCCUCGCGCGGCAACGCAGCCACGUCGCCCUCGUGGCCCGCCACCUCGAAGAGCAGGGCAUCCUCAAGAUCACGCUGGGCUUCCCGGACCCCGAGAGCACAUACCUCGAGCGCCUCAUCGUCAGCCUCCACCAGCACCACGGCCACCGGCUCCCCAUCUCCCACAGCGCCAGCCGCGGCUGGUUCUGGGACGUCCGCCCAGCAACGUCCAGCUUCCAGACGCGAGACCACCAAGCGCGGUCCGAGACGAUGGCCGACUUCCCGUGGCACACAGACUGCAGCUACGAGGAUCCCACGCCGCGCCUCUUCGCCCUCCACGUCCUCCGCCACGACCACCUCGGCGGCGGCACGCUCUCCGUCACAAACGUCGCCCGGCUCGCCAGCCAGCUGUCCCCGGCGACGAGGGCAGCCCUCGGGCGGGACGAGUUCCAAGUCGCCAUCCCCCGCGAGUUCGUCAAGGACCCCCGCGGCGCCGCCAGCAUCACGGGCAGCCUGCUCUCCACGCACCGCGGCCGGCCCGCCAUGCGCUUCAGGCGAGACAUCCUCGCGCCGCAGACGCCCUCGGCCGCAUCGGCCCUCGACGAGCUCAGCGCCGCGCUGGAGCGGGCCGCCGCCCGGCCGCCCCCCGCCACGCUGCACCUCGAGCCGGCCCAUCUGCCGAGCGGCUCCGUCAUCCUCGUCGACAACUUCAGGUGGCUCCAUGCCCGGAACCACGUCAGGGACCCGGCGCGCCACCUGCGCCGCGUCCGCUGGGACGCCGUGCCCCUGGGGCGACGCUCCGAGCGCGAAACGGCGAGGGGGGAGUGCGAAGCAUGA